AGUGACUUUGAUCGAUGCCCAUAUGACUGACAUCGCCCUAAAAAAUUAUGGUCUUGCUUGACUUGCCUGUCGAGCUACUUUACGAGGUUGGGCUCUACGCAGCCUCGCCCACGCUGCCUCAGACGUGCCGUUAUUUGAACGCAAUUUUCAAAGCUUCCCCUGCAUCAUAUCGAGCACAAUACCUUGUCACAUGCCUCGAACAAUCACGUCCGCGAGAGGACGCGAUUAUCACCAAAAUAUUAAGGUACCCCAUCUGCAACGAGGACGUCCUGGAGGCGUAUUUUCGGAUGACCGCUUCCCAGGCCGACUCGUGGAAGCGGUGGGUGCCCGAACUCCCCAGACGCCUCUUCCGGACGCUAGCCACCGAUUCAAACGAAGGCGGGGCCCUACGGUGGACAGAACUUGAUCACCCAGUGCCAUUCCUCCGAUAUCUGUACACAUGCCCCCAUAUUCCCCCACCAGCCGUAAAUUCACACCAAGGAUAUGCCUUAACAAAAGCUGUCCAGACCAGAUUUGUCCCGCUAAUACAGUUCUUGCUCAGCCACGGUGCUACUCCGGAUUGGAAGAACAAUCUGGCCAUUUUCAUUGCCAUAUAUCGCAAGGAUCUUCCAAUGGUGAAAAUGUUGGUGGAGAGGUCAGAAAAGACCAAUACCCGGCCGGAGGGGAGAUCCGCUGGGGCCAAGAGGCGAAAGCUAGAAGACAGGGUAUCUGUUACUCCUGAGAUGGUUAGGGCGGCGGUGAAGUGCAAGGCGCAGGAUAUCGUCGAGUAUUUUACCAGGGAAAAAGGGUGCAUACCUGACAUCCAUACGCUGCUCAUGUUAGAGUAACAGAAGGGGCAUAAUGUCAAAGAAAAG